AAGCUCAGGACCGCAGUCUCGCAGAACAAGCGCAGGUACAAGAAGCACGGCUACGACCUCGACCUCACCUACAUCACCAACCGCGUCAUCGCCAUGUCCGCUCCUGCCUUCGGCGGGCACACGGCGUACCGCAACGACAUCCAUGUGGUGGCUCGCUUCCUGUCGCUGCGGCAUCACGGGAAGUUCUUCGUGUUCAACCUCUGCGACACCUAUACCUCCUCCGACGGGUCCAUGGGGAACUACCAUCCCCAGAUGCUCUACAACCAAGUCCAGCGCAUCCCGUUCGAGGAUCACGCGCCUCCUCUGCUGGCGGAGCUGAUCUACUUCUGCCAGGAAGCGUCGUCGUGGCUGCAGAGGGACAGGAAGAACGUGGUGGUGGUGCACUGCAAGGGAGGCAAGGGCAGGACAGGCGUCAUGAUCGCGGCCCUGCUGAUGUGGACGGGGCAUCGUAGGUCAGCGCUGGACGCGCUGGAGCUGUUCGCGUACAGGAGGACGGAGGAC